GUCAUUGUCAUAUGUCAUACGUUUUUAGUUUGGCGCGUAUAAUUACCAAAGAGAGAAAUGGUUGAGAAAUAUAUUAAAUAAUUUUGUUUUUUAUAUAUUUAAAAUGUGCACGUUUAUUGAUAUGGAUGAACAAGAAAUUAAAAGACUUUUCAAUCAUUCAAGUGAAGUUGCCCUAUGUUUAAAAAACAAUAUUUUGAACAAUGAAAGCUUUCUUGAACUUCUCAGAAAAUGGAAAAACCCGAAAUCAGAAAAGUUUAUAAAAAUUUUGGAAGACGUAUGUCUAAAGGAUUUACCAGAUGAUGUGAAGAAGAAUUUUUUUUUGUCAGAAAUUGUACAUAAUAUGAUGGUUUAUGAGACAGAGGCUCCAAUAAGAGAUAUAUUAAUAGACAUCGCUUUCAUGAUAUGUAAAAUAGUAACAGUUUCAGAAUUUGCUUCUUGUGAAUAUGAACAAUUACUAGAAAACAUUUACUCAAAAUAUAUUCCUGCCAUAAGUCAAUUACGUGAUGCUGAUUAUGAAAACUGGCACAAAUUAUGGAUGUUUUUAGUAAGAUUUUGUGCUGUAAAAAUACAUGAAUCCAUGGAUCUCACUAAUAGACUUCUGAGGAUUGUAGAGUAUGCUUUCAGAAACUCGUCUCAAGCUCAGAGAUUGAAAGGAUAUGAUUGUUGGAAGGAAUUAAUUGAUAAUGCUAGUUUGAACCCUUCUCAUAUGUGUACUAAAAAACAAAUAAAGCUUCUUGUGACCCCGCUAAAAGCAAAAUUUUCCAAACAAGAAAUGGUAAUAUGUAAAAGAUUUGAUAUUUUUGUAUAUUUGCUUGAAAAAUUGGAACGAAAUGCUUUAUUAUGUCUUUCGGAUUUUUUGGAGUUCUGCUUUGGACCAAUUAAUAUUGGGGAUGCACCCAGGUCUGGUCAAGCAAAAAGUGUUCCACAAAUAUGGUCAAAAAGUACCAAUAUCUUGCUUUCAAUUUUAGGACACUCACAUGACCACACAGAUUGCAUUCCCAAAAAUAAUCACUUUAUUGAACCUCUUUUGAAUAAAGAUAAUUUUGGAAAUUAUUAUAAAAUUGUUAUAUAUUCUAUUGGGGAAUGUUGCGGGCUUCUUAAGGGAGACACUCUUGGUUCUAAAAGAGAAAAGGUUAUUAAGUGCAUGUGGAAAUCACUGUUUAAACUAAUAUUUCCAAUUUCUGAAGAGACGUCUACUUACUUUGUUUUAAUUGGAAAAAUUUGGGAAAAUUAUAUACAGGAAAGUAAAGAAAUUUUGUAUUAUAAAAACUUGUUGAUGUUAAUAUUCACGACAUUAAUGGAAUUUGAGCAAGAUUUAAUUCACGAUUGUGUACCAUUAAUUUUGAAACAACUACUUACAAUUUUCCUGACAAUGGAUAAUGGAUUUGAAAAUAUCAACGAUUAUAUCAAACAAGUAAUAUCACACGCUUUUUCGAAAAUUGUCUUAGAAGAAAACAAGGUUAAAAUGAUAAACAUUGCAUUGGAUUGCUUUGCUACAGUUGAAAUAGAGGAUGCAAAGUUAGACGAUUUCACCAAAAUUUGGUUAUUACUUGCUAACGAGUUGGCUACAUAUUUCCCAGGAGAAAAAUUGCUACAAUUUUCAAAAUGUGACGAAUUUUUUAUGUGGCCAUCAGAGAAUUUGCAUCAUAUGGAAAGUGGGAAUAAAAAACAAACAGUACUCCACUGGCUAAAGUUGUAUAGAACAUUUUCUGUAGACUCAGAAACAAAAAAAGUUGAUAUAUUGAAAGAAUUAGAGAGAAAAUUUAAAAACAAUCCUUUAAUAACUUCCAAUAUAAUUUCACUUCUCACAGUGAUGUCUCAAUUUGAAACUAAAAAUUCUACAGAAUUUGUUACCAAGAUAUUGGAAGUGGUAUCUGUGAUUCUCCAAUUGCCAAAUUUAUCUUCAGAAGACGAACAGAAACUAUCAUCCAUAAUCAUACAAUAUUUCGAACCAACAUUAGAAUGUUAUAAUGCAGAAAAAAGUGCUCAUAUAAUUAAAUUGAUAUGUACUUGUAUAGAACAUAUCCUUUGCAUACAUUCGGGGUUCAAAUUUCUAGAUCAUUUCGUGACAUUUUUCAAAAUCUCUUCAAUUUCCAAUCAAGAAAAGUUUUCAUCAAUCCUUAAAGAUACUAUGUCACGAUUGUACAGUGAAGAAAGUGAUGCUAAUAGUUAUAAUGCUAAAGAACUUACAAAAUGCAUUUCUUUAUUCACCGAAAGUACUCGCGAAAAAGAAGAAGAAAAACAAUCAUUUAUUUUACCAACUGGAAGAUCUGCGAGAAUUGCAUGUAUGGGCAAGAAUUCCCCUACUAGUCCAAAUAAACCAUCAAAGACUCUGCAACUUUUUGGAAAAGAUCCAGACACCAUGUCUCCACUUAAAGUAAAAGGAAGUCAAUUGAAUAAAACUCCCAUUUCCAAAAAAAAAGUUGCAAAUGUUGUGGAAGUUCAAAGUAAGAAGAUGCGAUCUGUUUUAGAAGAAAACUCACAAGAUUUUGUUCCUGUGAAUUCCGAAGUGAAACUUGAGAUGAAUAAAUUGAAUGAACAUCAAAAAGAAGUUUUAAAAAAGAGGAGGGAGGACAUUCCGGCUCUAUAUCAAGAUUUAUCUCAAAGCUGUAGCCAGGACAUGUUUAGUUCCAAAUCUAAUUCCAGAGAACCUAUAGUUAGUACAAAAGACUCAAACAUAGUUAGUCUUUCAAAAGAAAUCCCAGCAUGGUCAAAUUUAGAUUCUAACAUAUUUUCGGAAACACAUAAAGAAGUUAUUAAAACCACCUAUAUCAUCAAUGAUCCAAAAGGUUUAAAUUCUAAUGACCUCCUUGAUAAAAAACCUGAAGCAGCAAUUUCCUGUGAUCUUUUUAGUAAUGACGAUGGCCCUAAAGGUGAUAUUAUUCAAAUGAAUGGAAAUAAAGAUGAAGCAAUUGCUUCAAAAGAGCUCUUUAGUGAUGAUAGUGUUUCUAAAGGUGAUAAGAUUCAGGUUGAAGGGGAGAAAACUGAAAUAAUUGAUUCCUGCAAGGUCUUCAGUACAAAUAGUAAUUCAAAAGGUGAUAUAUUCAAGACAAAUGAAACUGUCUCUAAUGAAUCUAUUGUUAGUAAUGAUGCUCCCAAAUCUGUAGAGGAAACCCUACAAUUUCUCGGAUUCAAAGAAAUAAAAUCAUUAGAUAAUCCACCAGGAAUUGAUAAUAAUGAAAUCUUUUGUGACAAUUUAUUCAAUGAAACGCAAUCAGAAGCAAGUAAAUCUUUGACAUCUCAUUUAGAGGAACAAGAUCCAAUAGAGAAAAAGAGAAGAUCCGAAUUGAAACGAUUGAAAAUGGAUAUAGUUGGGGUCGAAAAAUUUUUAGAUACACCUCGUAGAACCAGAGAAAAGAAGAUUAAACUGAUUUCAGAGAAAGCAAAUAAAAAAAAUACAAAUCAGAAAUCAACAAAAGUAAAAGAAGUUGAGACUCCUGAAGUAAUUGUUAAGCAAACUCCUACUGCUUCUGAAUACAAAGAAGAUUCUAAUAAACUGGCAAAAGCUAAAACUCCAGUUCAAAUUGCAAAGGGAACAAAAGAGGCAGACACUGAAAUUCCAUCAGCAAUUAAGAAUAGGCGAAGAAAAAGAUCUAAAGCAGAGAAAAAUAAUGAAGAUUCUUCAAGUGAACAUGAAAACUUAUCAAAGGAAAAAAAUAUAACAACAAUAAAAGAGAAGGAUAAAAUAAACAAAUCCGAAAAUAAUUUUGUUACUUCAUGUGUACAUGUUCAUGGAGUUGAUAAAGAAAAAGUGGACAGUUGUGAUAAAAUUAACAAAAAAAUCGACGUCGAAGUGCACACUCCAAAUAGUAGUGGUAGUAAUAGUAGUGGUACUGAGAAUUCAGUUGGUAGUAGUCGCAGGAAGAGAGGUAGACCUAAAAAAGAUUCAACUUUAUCACAAAAAUCUAGAACAGCAAAAAUUUUACAAAAUGUAGAUUCUCGUUCUAAAUUGAAAGAUGGGAACGUCUCAAAUAAUAAAGAAACGCCAAAGAAAGAAAGACAUAGAAAACUACAUGAAAAAAAUGUGAAGGUACAAACUAAUUUGGAUGAACACAAAGAUAACAAUGCGAAAAGGCAGAAAAUUAUUCCAGAAUUUGGAAAAGAUGCUAAGGUUUCAGAAGAUUUUCCCAAUUCUUCAAACAAAACAGUUUCAAAAGAAGUUGAUAGUCUAGAAAUUGAAGCUAAUGAAUAUCAAGCUGACACAAGUAUUGCUCUAGACAUAAUGGAGGGGAAUGGAAAAAAAACUAAAGGAGAAAAACGGAAAUUAACUGAUGAUGAAAAUGAAGACAUUAUUGAAAGUUCACAAGAAUCUUUUCGUGAGGUUAUUCCUCUAUUGAACUCAUCGAAGAAAAAAUUAAUGAGAGUGAGCAUUGAUAAAGCUUGUAUUACCCUCAAAGACAAAGCAGAAGAAAAAGUUGAAGAUUUGGAAUUAAUGAAAUCUCCUCAAAAACUGAAUUUUGAUGACAACAUUGUAGAUGAAUUGGCAUCGAUUCAACAUUUUGCUACAUAUUUGUCAGAAAAAGAUGAAAUCACAAAUGAAGAAUACAGAAAAGAUGUUAAUACAACACAAGACACGACCCUAACUCAAGAGAACUCUCAAAACUCCAUUCAAGAUGAAGAUACAAAUAUUAAAAAUAAUGAUAUCCUUACGGAGUCUCCGAAAGUGUGCUUAACAGAAUCACCAAUGAAGUCUCCUGAACCACCCAAGAAACCAAAACUUACCGAAACAGACUUAAUAAUUUGCCAUAUGGAUACAAUGUCUGUUUGUGGAUCAAAAGAUAAUGUAACUUCUAUAUGUGACACUAAACAUCCAGAAGAAAAAUUAGAAACAACUAUGUCCUUUAAUUCAGUCGAAGAUAUUCUAGCAACGUCUCAAAAUUUAGAAACAUCUCCGGGUACACCAGUAAAAUCUCAAAAUAUUCUUUCAUCUCCCGUAACAGCGGAGACUCCAAGUAGAACUAAUGAAUUAUUAGAUAACACUAUGGAUAUAUCACCUAUAACUUCUAGAAGAAAUUCACAAGAAGAGGUUUCAGGAGAUGUUUCAGCUGUAAAAAUUCUUAAUUUUUUACCUGAAGAACAAUUGCCAAGUAUCUGUGAAAAUUCAAAUGAAUUCAAAGCCAUUGAUCAUUGUGAAAAGAUCGACACAGAACAAAUAGAAGAAGGGAUUGAAGAAAAUGAUAUUGCCAAUGAUGUGGAUGAUACAUUUGAUGAAGAAAACUCUUUAGAUGAUUUCGAAAAUGUAGAUGCUUCUAGUGAAGCCGAAAUGACUUCAACAGAAUUGAAUGAACAACAGUAUCAUAUGGAAUUGGACCAAGAAGAACCGCCCAUUCAGAACGGUCAAGUAUCGACUACAAUAAAUAUAUCAAAUGGAAAAAAAGAAAAUGCUUUGCAGGACAAAAAUAAAAUUCAAAGUUUAGUACAGGGCAUACCUCACAAGGUGUUUAUUAAAAGAAAAGGUGGUCAUAUGUCGUCACCAUCAGCAUUAAGGAUAAAGAAAUUGAUGAAUAAUAUAGGACAACAACAACGCUUUCAAGAAGAAGCUGUAGAAAAUUUAAAUGAGAAUGAUUUAUUAACAUUUUCGAGGGAGAUACCAAGUCCAUUUGCAGUACCCAGAAGUAGUAUUCUAAAAAGAAAAUUUUCCGAUACUAGUGACGGUGAAGGAGUUUCACCUUGUCCAAAGAGAAAACGUGUCAACUUCUGUGAUCCAUGUUUAACUUCGAAAAAACUCUUUAUCAAAGAUGAAUACCAUCCCAGUAUAGAAGCGAAACGUCUUUUCGAUAUUACACCUGAGAAAAAAUUGUCGGACGAUUAUCUUAAAGAUAUUUUUGAUUUUUCGGAUCAUUCAGCCAGUACAGAAACUGAUUCAGAUAUGCCCGAAACAGAACCGAGUCUAACCACGGUUAAUCCAAUGAUAUUACAAAAACAUAAACCUAUUUUUCCAAAAUUGGUUGAUUGCAAGGAUGAUGUUCUGGUUAUUGUUAAGAGGAUAACGAGUCCAAUGUUUGUUGCCACUCUGAUGAAAAAAUUGGAUGGAAAAAAUGUGAAAACUAUUGGUGAUCUAGCAAAAUUGAGCGAGUCUGAAGUUAAUAGAUUUCCAUUUAAAGUACCUGUAGUUGCAAACGUUAUUAAAGCGUUAGAAAAUUAUUACAAGAAAAAAGGAUAUGGCGAAAAUGUUCAUGAUGCAUCAGCAAGUUGCUCUAAAGAACAAAAUAAAGAAUUUGGAGGUGUGGUAGUACCUAAGUUGGAUAUCCAGUUGGAAUUAAAAAUGGUAAUGCAGAGAGCAAUACAAGAGAAAAUCCCUUUGGAAGUUUUCGCUAAAACUAUUUGUCCACAUAUAGACUCCAAGAAUCUUGUACAGAUAGUGAGGACUAAUUAUCCUAAUAUAGCAAUAGAUACGUUGGAAGAAAAAGAUUACAAGAAAGUAUUGAACAUUAUUGUCCAAUCUAAAGGUAUUUCAGAAACAUUGAAAAUGGCAGAAGCAAAUUUCUGUGACAAUAGGGACGUAUUUCAAGAUGGUGUAGUGGAAUAUGUUAGAAAUUAUAUUCGAUUCGGUAAACUCAUUAAAGGACGAAAUAUAUCAGAUUUAGUAGUAGGAAUUGAGGAAAAUAUUGAAAAUAAGGUGUUCCAAAAGUGUGACGUUAUUCGAUGUUUCUUUCCUCUUUUAACGGGCCCCAAAGACAUACUACCUUACUUAGAUACUCUAUCCAUUGUACAAUUUGAUGAAAUCAUUAUCAAUCGGUUAAAAGGACAAAAUGUUCAAGAAUUUUUCGAAAGAAUUAUUAAAGAGAAACCUUUAGAAGACAUUAAAAAGUUACAUGAGAAUCUCUGGUUAAAACAAUGCUUCAGCACAAACGAAAUUAUAAAUUUGUUUCAGAAAAAAAUACAAUCACAGUCUAAGGAAUCAAGUAGAGAUGUAUUAGUACAGAUGUUUGAAUUUUGUAGUGACAAUUUGGACUCCAGUACAUUAUUGGAACUCCAUGUUGGAUUCCUUAGACGUAUAUCUAGUGCAUUACCUAAAACUAACAGGGAGUCUUAAAGUGGUAAUGAAAACAGAAUAUUUUUUGCGUUUGCAAUUUUUAUCAAUGUGGAUAUAUUGAAUUUUCUUAAGAUUAAUUCUAGAUAUAAACUUUAUGAUGUAUAUGUGUAUAUAAGGUAGAUUCAAAAGACAAAAUAUUAAUAGAAACUAAACUAGAUCAAAAGAUGAUACCAAUUUUCUAAAUAUGUAAUUUGUUUUCAAAUGAAAAAAAAAUAAUUAUCCGUCGAUGAUUUAUGAUUUUCAAAAUACAGUGAGUAAAACAGGUUUCACUUUAACGAACUAUCAUCCUAUAGACGAGGGUAAACCCCUCAAAAAGUCGCUUAGAAACUUGAAAAAGUGAUCAGAUUCAUACUAAUGUCUGAUCUAUAUGUUUUCGAAAUCGCUGAAUCCAAAUAUGAAAUUUGUUUUCAAUUAAAUUUGGUGGGGGAAUCAAAAAUUGAGUCAUCAUUUUUUGCGAUUUGUCAGAGAACAAUCAAUUAAAACCAGCAAAGAUAAUGGAAUUUUUUAGAAUUAUGAAACUAGGGGGCAAGAUGUAGAUAUCAAACACAGAACAAUAAACCUUAAAGCUGCAAUUUGAUAUAAAUCCUAAUGAAAUCUAUUAAUCUAUCAGAAAUGUUUGAAACUUUUGCACAAAUUUCGAUUAUAUUUCACUAUAUUUUCCAUACAACUAUAUUUUUAUUCUAUAGUAGGCGAGUAACCACCCCCAAAAAUGCAUAGUAGUGACCAGAUUUGUACUAAUGGUUAAUAAUGGUUGAUCCACAUGUUUUCGAGAUCGCUGAAUCCGAAUAUGAAGUUUGUUUUUAAUUGAAGUUGUUUGUUUAUGUGAAAAACGACAAUGCUUGUACCAAUACGGUGAUUAGUUGUAACAUUCUGAAAUGAUCUUUAUGUAUUUGUCAUGAUUAUGUAUUUUCUUUGUAAAGUUGGAAUUUCUGGAACAAUAAUUGUGUCUGCUGCUGCCUUGUUUUUGGAGUGUAAUGGACAGAAAAGAGUACCCAAGCCAUGGCUUGGAAUUAGAUGAGAAAACAUACAAAAAUUAUUAGAGAAUGUAUGAAGAAACAUUUGAAAAACUACUAAUGAAAAUAAAACUAAGAAAUUCUUGAUGAGAGACUUAAUAUCAGCAGAUUAGAAACUCGUCCAUAAUGUUGCAUAUCUUGCAUGAAAUAUUAGCUUAACUGAAUUUAUGCCCCGCUUUUGAUCAAGAAAUAUGGCGUCUGGCAUUGCAUUGCACGUUGUCUUGCAUCAUGUCAAGCGUUGAGAGUUAACAUGAAAAAUUCCCGUACUACAGUAUAAUUGUGAGUGUUGGUGUGUGUGUGUUAAAUUUGAACAUUUCAAACAGUAUGGGAAUUAUUUAAGUAACAUGGUUAUACUUUUCGAUAAUUUUAUUAAAGAUUUCCAAAAUAAGAACACCACUCGCUUCUUAAGGGCAGAACUGAACCCCCUAUCUUUAUCACCAUUACAUAUAUUCAUGAAUUAGUUAUACACAAUAAUUCAUUAUUCAUCUUUUUAUUUAAAACAGUGUACCAUUCAAUAUUUUGUACAUACCAAACUCGACAUGAUUCAUGGAUGUGAAAUUUUGAAAUACCUUGUAUACAUAAAGUAGAAUGUAUGAUAUAAUUUGAAAGACUGCUUUUGUAAAUAGAUGUAUUUUUUAUUGACGUAUAAGAAGUGUCAAUAAACGAUUAAAUUUUA